AUGGCAUGGCCAGUUCUCUUACCACACAAUUUGGUGGCUGCUUUGGUGGACCAAGGGCGUCUCAAUUUGCUACUCGGCGAUGCACCAGUGCGACAUCUAUAUUGGCAAAAAAUCAAGAUGGACUUUACUUCGCUGUCUGAUGUUGAUCCAAACCUUUCUGCGCCGCUUGCUCUUUAUGGUGAUGAAUGCACAGCUUUUCGCCAAGCCACAAUGGCUUUCCACUGGCAAGCGCUUUUGAACCCACACUCAAGUAAUUCCAUCCAAUCCAGAUUCUUGAUUGCGAUGAUUCCAAGCCAGUACUAUGUGCAGCAGUGCUUGAUGAGUUACAUUGUGGAAUCCCUACAGAAGCUCAGCUGCUUUGGAAUUCGCGUGGCCAAUGACACGAAGAGAGUGGACCCUGAAACGCUUGAUGGCCUGACCUACCACUUCCACAUCAUGAGCAUUCGAGGAGAUUGGAAAUUUUUGAAGCAAAUCCUGAAUUUAUCUCGGUACGCCACUGCAGAGUAUAUAUGUCCUUUCUGUAUGGCCAGCAAGGGGUUGAAAGAUAUCCCGAAUAACUACACAGACCUGAGUGAUGAUGCCCCGUGGCGUUCAACGCAUUUCACCUGUUCUUUGCCGUGGGAUGUGGAACCACAAAUUUGUCGACUACAAGAUUGGGACAUUCGAAAGGUAGGCAUGGACAUGCUGCACAUAUGGAAUUUGGGCUGCGCUCGUGACCUGAUUGGUGGAUGCAUGCAAUAUUUGGUGAAAUCGAAGUACUUUGGUCCUCGUCUUCGGCAAAGCGCAGCUUUAGCGCAAGCGACAGUGAAACUGAAAUUUUG